GUGUGUGUGUGUGUGUUUAGUGAUGUUACUGUUAAUAUGUCGACAACAUCAUGAAUCUGAAAAAGUCCAGAAAUAUCGGAGCUUCCUCUGUGUCUUUGGACGGGAUUGGAAAACAAGAUGCUGACUGGAAGAGGAAGAGGAAGAUGGCAGAAAUCACACAGGCUUUGAACGCAACGCCGGUCGACGUGGCCACGCUGAGGAGGAUGGCCAUCAGCGAAGGAGGGCUCAUGACCGACGAGAUCCGCCGCAAAGUCUGGCCUUGGCUACUGAAUGUCUCUGUAGAGAACAUCCCUGAAAAGCUUGACGAAGUGGAUAGAGAGAAUAAUAAGGACUAUAACCAGGUGCUCUUGGAUGUGCAGAGAUCCCUGAGACGCUUUCCUCCAGGUAUGCCUGAUGAGCAGAGGGUAGGCCUACAGGAGGAGUUGAUUGACAUCAUUUUGCGUGUGCUGCAGAAAAACACCCAGCUGCACUAUUAUCAGGGCUAUCACGACAUCGUGGUCACUUUCCUGCUGGUGCUGGGAGAACGCCUCGCCACUGCGCUGGUGGAGAAACUCUCUACACACCAUCUCAGGGACUUUAUGGACCCCACCAUGGACAACACAAAACAUAUCCUCAACUACCUUAUGCCGAUUAUAGAGCGAGUCAACCCAGAGGUGUGCGAUUUCAUGGAACAAGCUGAGGUGGGCACCAUCUUCGCCCUGAGCUGGCUCAUCACCUGGUUCGGCCAUGUUCUAUCAGAUUUCCGCCAUGUAGUACGGUUGUACGAUUUCUUCUUGGCCUGCCAUCCACUGAUGCCCAUUUACUUUGCUGCUGUGAUUGUGCUGUAUAGAGAAGAAGAGGUGCUGGACUGUGAGUGUGACAUGGCCAUGAUGCACCACCUGCUCUCGCAGAUCCCUCAGGAUCUCCCCUACGAGAUUCUGAUCAGCCGAGCCGGAGACCUUUUCGUCCAGUUCCCUCCAUCCGAGCUGGCGAAGGGCACCACGCAGGAGCGCACUCAGCAAACAGCCGCGUCCACCUUUACAGACUUUGAGCUGGCCUCGGCGCAGCAGCGGCCCGACACAGUGCUUCGCCGCAGACGGAGAGAGCAGCAGCAGCAGCAGCAUGGCACCACCGUCGACCCUCAGCAUGGCACCGUGGCUGUAAUUCGACCUGCCGCUCGCCGACUUGUCAGACUGGCAGUGAUGGGCAUUACUGUGGCACUGGGGGCUGCUGCGUUAGCUGUAGUGAACUCUGCUCUGGAAUGGGCACCUAAACUCGACCUCCUGUUCCCCUAACACGCACCGAACAUGCCUGUUUCCUUCCAAAGACUUUGAAAUGGGCUUAUUUUAUUUUUAAUUUGUAUUUGUGAGGCCUACUCAAUAUCGAAGUGUUUUUUUUCCCAUUAGUUGGCGCUGAGGAUGAUGAGGAACACACUACUGAGCCAUGAGAAGUAUUUGUGUUGUGCGAAACAGUGUAAGCUUAUAUUUGAAUAGGUUUGCCUAAAUAUGGAGUUGAAUUGUUGUCAGCAGUAGUCACACAAAACUGUAGCUGCAAACUAGUUAUUUUAUGAACUCUGAAUCCAUAGUCAGUUUUGUAAAUCUCUAAUUUGUCACUCAAAUUUUUUAUUUUUCCUUAUCAUGUGUUACUCAUUUUGUACAGUACAACUUACAGUACAGUGGGUUUAUAUUUUCCAGACUCAUCAGCUUGACCCUACUUGCUGCUUCCUUUUGAACUCAUCCACCUGUCCUUCACACAUUAUCUUCCUGAACUUUUCUACUUGCCCUUACCGCAAUAUCUCUCUGGAUUCCUCCACUUGUCCCUACCUCCUUAGCUUUCUGGACCAUUUACAUUUAGGCAUUUGGCAGACGCUCUUAUCCAGAAAGACUUUAAAAAAGUGCUUUAAACUUUUCGUCAUUGAUAUUCCGAUAGAUCCUUACAAUGGGUUAAUAGGUUAAUAACUGUCCACUGACUUGGACCAUCCACUUGGCCACACCCUCAUCAGCUUCACCCCCUUAUUAUUUCAGCCCAUGCCAUCAGCUCCAAAACUGACCGCUUUACCCUGCAUCCUUGUCAUUCAGGACCCCUAACUGAAACCCCUAAACUGACCACUUUGCCACACCACCUUACUUUUCUGGACACAUUAACUUGGUCUCAUGUACAUCAGUUCUCAGUUCUGAAGCUGAUCAUUUGGCUCCUCGUCUUUACCUUUCUGGACCCAUGCAGUUGGAGCAAAUUCUCAAAAAUUAAGAUUUCAUAAAUAUUGUAAUCAUAUACCCUAGCAACAUAAGCAGUGAUUCAGAAAUGUAGAUUUAAAGUUGCAGGUGUGUUAACUGUAAGUCAUAUUUGCGACCCUUAUGGUAUAAGACGUAUGAGGUAUAAGAUCUUAUAAAGUAAGAUUUGUAAUAGUAAUAAAAGGUUUGUACUGGGAAAAAAAGUUGCAUAUUCACAAAUCCAAUGUGAUGGAUUUAAGAUUCAAAAGAUUGCAAUGUCAGUGUUGCAUUUACACCAGAUAAUUUUUUCUUUUUUUGUAAUUAAUACAGCUUAUUAUUUUCAAUAUUAGUAAUUAUAUGUAUUUAAUUUGUAAAUGUAGUGCAUAAUAUGGCAUAUCAUCAGAUUUGAUCCAUGAUAACCGAAACAGAGCUCUGAGUAUUGUCCAAUGGCCUUUUUCUAAAUUUGAUAACUGUACAAUCAGUUUAAAAGAUGUUUCUGUAAGAUCUGCUUAAUUUGUCUCCCAGCUAAUCAUAAGCCAUGGAGAGGAAAUUAAUGAAUAAUUAUUCUGCCUGGACAAAAAUAUACCAAAUUGGAUCAUUUGUGGAGUCGGUAUACACAUUAUGAAUGUUUUAAUACGAAUUCAUUAUUUAUAAAGCCCUGAGAUAAUCUAAUAAUUUUAAAGUACUAUUUACCACGGACCUAACUGCUACAAUAUUUUAUGCAGCAAUCUUUGUUAUGCACAAUUCCUGUUCCAUUACAGUAUAAUCUGUAAGCAGAGGCCUUAUUUAAUUUUGCAUUAUAACAUGUAGAGAUUAAACACUGAGACUGCUUUAGGUAACUGAUGGCAUGGAUGUAGAAUCCAAUGUAAUAAAAACAAUCAGUACAAAUAUCUGAUGUCUCUAUUUUAAAUAACACAGAAUUUAUCGUUUUCACUAAUCAUCACUUUGUAACUCAAGUCUGAACUGCAUUCACAAUUGAUGUUUAAUCCUUAUUUUUACUUGAUCAUAAGCUAUCUAAGUAUUUUUUGUCAUUUAUUUGCACUGAACUGUUUUCAUGUUUGCACUUUGCAAUGAAAAUAUGUCUAUGAUUUUGCUUUAAUAAUGGUUGAUUAAUCUGCGAUGUAUGUUGACCAACAAAUAAACUUUUAGAAAACCAUGAA